GUGUUGCAGUGCUGAUCAGGUGGAUUCUCACCAUCAUACAGUACUCUUACCUGUUCAUCAUGAUGAAGAUGAUCCUUUCUCUGACUCUCAUCUGGGCGCUGUCCAGCACAGCUGGAGCACUUCAGUGUCAAACGUGCACAAAUACGCAGUGUUCAAGCACUGUACCAGUUACAUGUUCCUCAGAGACGAUGUGUAUAACAGCUUCCCUUCAAGUCACUGUAUCUGGAUUAUCAACUCAGCAAAUCUUCAAGUCCUGUGCACCGUCUUCACUGUGUCCAGCCACAGGCUCUCAAACAUUUUCAUUCAACGUGGGUGGCACAAAUGCAGUUGCAUCUGCUAAGUGCUGCAGCACGGAUAGCUGCAACUCAGAAAGUCUAGCUUUCCCUGGUGCUCAGUCAGAUAACAGCCUGCAGUGUUUCACUUGUAACCCCGUCACCUCUCAGUGCAACACUACAUUACAGUGUAAGGGAGCAGAGAACCGCUGCUUUGGAAUGAAUGUGACGAUUGGGUCCACCUCUUCUCUGGUCUUUGGCUGUGCAUCUGCAAACCUGUGUACAGCUGCCUCCAACGCAUCCAGCAUACCUAUCUUACAAAGUGUAGGUAACAUCACCAGUGGGCCAACCUGUUGUGCAACCAAUUUGUGCAACACUAUCGCAGCAACGAUUGGCAGUGAUGCCUGCUGUAUCAGACUGGGUGUGGUCCCUCUGCUACUCACACUCCUUGCCUUUACCUUCUAUUAGAACAGAAAGUAAAAAUGGACAAAGCACCUUUGAAGCCAUCAGGACUCUGAACAGACCUUCAGAAGCCUGAACUUGGGUUUACUGCUCACUGCCAUCUUUAGUGGGAAAUUACAGGGGCUAGAAAAUCCACAUUUAGGAUAAAGGGGGUGGAGUCUGGGUGAAGCUGAGGUGUGAUAAGAAGACACCAAUGCAACAGAUACUCAUACAUGAACACACAACAGAUGGAAAACAAUCUUUUUUUCACAGUGUGAAUUUACUUGGUUUAUUUUCCCUGAUGAUUUUCUCUCAAACCUCUGUGUAUUUCAAAUGAGUUGAAUGUUGUAACACUGAUCAAUAGCUUAAGUUGCUGUAAAUAUUCAAUGAAAAGACUAAAAACAAUGCUAAUAUAAAUGUCAAAUAUAAAUGAAAGGGAAAACUGUCCUCAUAAUAAAGUCAAAAAUUUCUUUGAUUUGAUAGUUUAAGUUGCUGUAAAUCCUACAAAUAUUCAAUGAAAAAAAUUAAAAUGAUGCUAUAAAUGUCUAAAAUAAAUGAAAGGGAAAGGGGAAAACUGUCCUCAUAAUAAAGUCAAAAA